AUGCUAGUACAUGGGAAAGAAGACUUCCUCUCAGACGUAGCUUACAUCGUCCUGGAACUGGUCAUUGCAGUGCUGGCCAUCCUGGGGAACAUCCUGGUCUGCUGGGCAGUCUAUUUGAAUAGCAACUUGCAGAACGUCACCAACUAUUUUGUGGUGUCCCUGGCUGCUGCUGACAUUGCCGUGGGCGUGCUGGCAAUUCCCUUUGCCAUCACCAUCAGCACUGGCUUCUGUGCCUUCUUCUAUGGCUGCCUUUUCAUUGCCUGCUUCGUCCUGGUCCUGACUCAGAGUUCGAUCUUCAGCCUCCUUGCUAUUGCCAUUGACAGAAUCAUUGCGAUCCGCAUACCCCUCAGGUACAAUGGCUUGGUGACUGGCUCUCGAGCUAAAGGUAUCAUUGCCAUCUGCUGGGUAUUAUCUUUCAUCAUCGGCUUGACACCAAUGCUAGGGUGGCACAAUCGCUCCCAUAUCGAAGAGCUGGGUUCCAAUAAGUCCUCUCCCAUCAACUGCAGCAACAGUAUGGUGGCAUGUCUCUUUGAGGCUGUGGUCACCAUGGAGUACAUGGUCUACUACAACUUCUUUGCCUGUGUCCUCUUGCCCCUCCUCCUCAUGUUUGGUAUCUACUUGAAAAUCUUCAUGGCAGCCCGGCGACAGCUCAAGCAGAUGGAGAACAAGAUGGUACAUGGGGAACGUUCUCGCUCUACCUUGCAGAAGGAAGUCCAUGCAGCGAAGUCUUUAGCCAUCAUCGUUGGGUUGUUUGCAGUCUGCUGGCUUCCACUACAUAUUAUUAACUGUUUUACCCUUUUUUGCCCAAAUUGUGCCCAUGCUCCCCUCUGGCUGAUGUAUCUGGCUAUUAUCCUGUCUCAUGCCAACUCAGUUGUAAAUCCUCUAAUUUAUGCCUAUCGAAUCAGGGAGUUCCGAUACACCUUCCGUAAAAUCAUCAGCCAGCAUAUCCUGGGCCGGAAGGAGCCGUUCAAGGCAGGAACAGCCAGCUCUAGGACUUCCACUCAUGGUGGGGAUGCAGAGAAUGCCAGCAUACGGAUCAGUGAGUAUGCAUUAGAGGUAUAUGCCAACGGAGAGAUCCACAGGGAUCCCGAAAAACAGGACUUAAACAAAUAUAAAGCUGGAUUUGGAUGGCACCAGAAUGGAAAUGCUCUGGACCUGGAGACAAAUGGGCAUCUCCCACAUUCCUGCAAAAAUGGGAUUUUCUCAGAUGCUUGCAUGAACAGGGAGCUUCACAAUGAAGAGCUAAUUGAUGCCCAGGUGUCUUACUCAGAUCUAGAAAGAGCAGCCUUUGCAGCAGCUGAUAUUUCCUGAUGAGACUUUCCAAGUCUUCCUGGUAGAGUUAUUUUUUUUCCAUUGGUGACCUCUGCCAUGGCAGAAAGGGGGGCGGGGGGAGAGGUGUGUAUUCAGAUUGCUGUGGAGAAAGAGGUCCCUACACAGGACUGUUGGGAUGAUCCUAAAUACCAGACUGGAGAAAAGCCAAGAGACCAUUGAAAGGGACUAAGGAAGGAGGGACACGUUACCCAUCAGUGACCUGUCGCCACGAGCAGUGCCAAGGUCAAAGGUGGCAUUCCAAGUUCAGCACUGGGAGACUCUGCUGACGCAGGGCAUGUCAUGACAUUAUGUGUA